CUGAAAGAAGACCGGCAUAGUUUGGAAAAAAGGGAUUGAGAGCGAGAAAAGAUGUGAAGAAGCUUGCGCGCGCUCUCCCCGGCAUGGAAAAGUGGAUUAUUGCAGUCGCUGCAACUCUCUGUGGAUGUGCGGAAAAAAGCAGCAGGAGGUGAAGGAGGCGCGCGGGAACGCCACUGAACCUGCUUUUCAAUUAUUCUCCUUUUUUAUUUUCUUCCUCAAAAUGGGAAGUAAGUGUGCUCCUUUUAGCUGCUGUGCAAAGCUCGGCGUGGGUGUACGCCGGACAUUGCAUCAGGGCUGAAGCCCCGCCUCCCUCCCUCCCAUGAGCCCGUGUGCCCAGACACGCACACCCGGCGCCGCCACGCCACGCACGCACGCGCACCCGGCGCCCACGCACGUAACCCAACCCGGUCGGAACCUGGAGGAUGUCAACGGAGACGGAGCUCCAGCCGGCGGUCCGUCCCGGCACCCUCAGGCGGGACUCCAGGAGGAAAGGGCAGGAUCGCAGCGAAGCGACGCUCAUCAGGCGCUUUAAGAGCGACGGCGUCCGCUACAAAGCGAAACUCAUCGGCCUGGACGAGGUCACAGCGGCUCGCGGGGACAAACUCUGUCAGGACUCCAUGAUGAAGCUCAAGGGUAUCGCGGCAGCGGCGCGCUCCAAAGGAGAACACAAGCAGAAAGUGUUCCUCACCGUUUCCUUUGGAGGGAUCAAGAUCUUUGAUGAGAAGUCAGGGGUGCUGCAACACCAGCACGCCGUCCACGAGAUCUCCUACAUCGCCAAGGACAUCACGGACCACCGAGCGUUCGGCUACAUCUGCGGCAAGGAAGGCAACCACCGCUUUGUGGCCAUCAAGACCUCUCAGUCGGCGGAACCAGUGAUCCUGGACCUGCGAGACUUGUUCCAGCUCAUCUACGAGAUCAAGCAGCGCGAGGAGAUGGAGAAGAAGGCCCAGAAGGACAAACAGUGUGAGCAGGCCGUCUACCAGACGAUAUUGGAGGAAGAUCUGGAGGACCCGGUCUAUCAGUACAUUGUGUUUGAGGCCGGACACGAGCCCAUCCGCGACCAAUCAGACGAGAGCAUUUAUCAGGUUCCCACCAGCCAGCAGAAGGAAGGGGUCUAUGACGUCCCAAAGCGACACCCAGAGCAACAUCAGCAGGUGGAUCUCAUAGACUUAAACCUGGAGACGGUUUCUCAGAAUAUCAACCAAUUAGAGCUUUUCGGAGACAUGUCCACACCCCCUGACAUAACUUCGCCGUCGACCCCCGCCUCACCUGCAAACUCCCUGGACCCGUCGCUGGGCCUGCAGCCACCCACUGAGCUCUUUGCUCCUUUCAACCCUUCGUCUGUGCCCUCAGGUUACGUGACAAUGGGAGCGGUUCCCUCCGCAGCCUGGUCCCAGCAGGCGUUCGCCGCCCAGACGCCGCUGGCCUUCGGGGUCCAGUCCCCUCUGGGCCCGGUGGCGCAAGUUCUGCCGGGGGGCCAGCCUCUCAUCUGGGGGCAGGCCAAUAUCUUCCCCGCCACCCAGCAGCAGUGGGCGGCCAUGGCGGCCGGAGCCUUCCCCCCCGCAGCCUACCUCCCUACGCAGCCCGUGGGCCCGCUGCCGGCCGCCGCCGUGUUCCAGGCGCUCACCCCCGUCCCCGCCGUGACGCCGGGCGGCGAGACGCAUUCAGGUGCAGGCGCCGCGGCUCCAUCCGCGUCGUCGAGUCCGCAACGUGACGAGCGGGCCAAGAAGAUGAGCAAAGAGAUGUUCAAGGACUUUGAGCUGGCAAAGCCGCCGGCGAUGCCGUCCAAGAAGCAGCAUGGCUUAGCGGGCACCUCAGAGGCAUUCAGCACUUACUUCAGCCGCGUCGGCACCGCCCAGGACACGGACGACUGCGACGACUUUGACAUCUCCCAGAUGAACCUGACGCCGGUCACCUCCACGACGCCCUCCACCAACUCCCCCCCCACACCGGCCCCCCACCAGUGCUCGCCCUCCAAAUCGUCCGCCUCGCACGUCAGCGACCCCCCGACGGACGCCACCGACCCGCCCACCGACGACUCGUUUGGGGAGGCGGAGGGCAGCCCGAGCCGCAGCGGCGAGGAAGAUGCUAAGAAGAAGGACCCUCUGUACGCCCGCAUCAACAAAGGGAAGAAAUAGAGAAAUAUGGGAACAGCAAGGCGGUUUGGACCGGCACUGAGAAAACUGGAGGAGGGAGACCCCCCAACCAUCUCCCCACACUUGCUUAUGUGUGUGUGAUCUUCCUGCCUCCUCUUUGCUCACUGACUCCAGGCAGGCCAGGUAUACCCAACGGGUGGACUACCCCCCCCCCCCCUCUAUCUCCCUCGCCUCCUGCUCUCCUCCUCCAUCUUCGCCGACUGUAGACUAUCGCGGAGGCCUUGACCCGGUUGCAGAAACAAACUCUGGGAGCUACUCACUCGCCAGCCAUACACACACAUGCAUUUGACUGGCCCAACCAGUCUCCUGGCAAACUGCUUUAAGAGGACCAGAACAAUGUGGAAGGGAUGCCAACUUCAUUCUCAAUAGCUUUUUUGUACAAUAAGAAUUCAAUUCAAAAUUGAGCCGUAAUGUCGGGUUCAGCUCUGUAGGAGGCGCUGUAGAGUGGCGUUAAAGGUAUCCAGAUUAUGGGGGGGGGGGGGGGGGGGUUGCCAGUGUGUAAAUAAACAUGACCCACCGUCUCCACCAUGUCAGACCUCUGUGCCAUCAAAUAGGGAGGCUUCGAGUUAUGCAAAUGUUUGAACCCAAGCAAUAGCCACAUGCGUUUCCCCAACAUUUCGUCUGAUCAUGACAUGACAGUCAGCUUCUCGUUUUUUUUUUUUUUUUUAAUUCUUACAACCCCACCUUGCUUUUCCCCCUGCCCACUUCUGGGAAGCAAGGCUAAUUUAACUUACAUGUAUGUAUAUAUACAUAUAUAGAGAGAUAAAUGUAUAAAUACAUAUAUGGAAUUAGCCAACAAUGCUAAAUUUCCUAGCUUUAUAGUUUAGCCCUCUGUGUCUUUGAUCG